AUGGUCGAGAAUGGACUAAGAUUGCAAGAAACCUACAGGAAGGAUCCAGUUAUAUCCCAAGCAGGGGUAAAACUCCCGAUCCACUGGACAUCUAUGAAGGUCACGGAGGUCGUUUGCAUCAAAUUGGACCUGAACGACACCAUGCAGCGGCUGGAGUACCAGGAAGUGGAUAAACACUUCCACAAGUCGAUGCCCAAUGCAACCAUCGCCAGCGUACAUAGAGUCCAGAAUGCACAGCUGUGGGAGCUCUUUAACCUUAAAAAGCGUGAAAUGGAGAGAAAGUAUGGCCAGGGUGGCGCCAACGAGCUUCAUCUUUACCACGGCACAAGACCUGACAUCGUCGAGAACAUUGUACAUGACAACUUCGACUUUCGCAUUGCAGGAAGCAGGGUUGGCGCCCUGUAUGGCGACGGGUCAUAUUUCGCUACAACGGCCAAAUACUCUGACCUAUACAUCUCAAGACUCGGACAUUGGGUUUAA